AAAAUUCUAGUUUUGAAUUAAAAAUAAUGCCAAUUGGCUUGGAUAAAAAUAUUUUUCUAACAAAAAACAUACAUAAAUAGUUUUAAAAUAUAAUUAAUUUAAUGCUUCGACGAAUCACAAAUUAUGGAACCUAUUAAAAAGAGAAGAAAUUCAAUUUUAAAAAAGAAACCCUUGGAUGAAGACACCACAACUGAAAUCAAAGCCCGACGAAUAAGUUUCAGUGGAAAGAAAUCUGUAAAAGAAUUUAUUGCAGGGGAAGAAGCUGAAACAAUCUGGGGAACUUCUUAUGAGGAAUCAGCCGAUGAUUUGAAACUAAGCUCAAACGAAAGCGGCCUAGUCAAUGUUCACAUCAAACGUAUACAAUUGCGAAAUAGGCGUGUAAUUUGUGAACCGCAACAACAACAACAACAACCAAAACGUCGUUCUUCAUCCAAGAAAAAAGUUCUCAUUGCUGAAAAUGACAAAGAAAAUUUGUGUGUAAAGUCAAACCAACUGCCAGUGGUAAGUGUGCAGGAGGUUAACCUGUUACCUCCUCCUCCUCCACCCCCUUCUGCUACUACACCUUCUUCAGUUGAAGAACAACUCCCAUCGGAAACUCCAAUUGAAAAAACAGAAUUUGCCAUGAUAAAAUGUCAAGAAAAUGUCGUUUCAAACAACAACAAUUUAAAGGAAAUAAUGCCACCACCGAAAAGGCCUAUAGUUGAUUGUCCCUCCAACUUUUUCUCAAGUACUUUUGAUUUUAUUAAUUUUUCGGGACAAAUAAAUAAAACAAUUACCAUCGAACAAAGUGUGGAUGUGUCAUUGAAUGAAUCAGAACUUCAAAUGUUUAAAUUUCGAGUUCCAGUCACAACACAUACAGAAAUUAGUCCAAAUACGUCGAACGUGUUUUGUCGGAGCAUUUUAAUGACAGAAGACGAUGUGAAUGUUUUGAAAAUGGUUCGAAAAAACAAAGUUCCGAUGAAUGUUGUCAAGGAAGAUAUCAUAAGAGAUGAACAAAUGCAACUAGUUAAGUUAAAGAAGGAUGAUGCAGGAGUUAUUGAUGGCACGUCCAAGGUCAUAAUUGAAGAGGUUAUCGUUAAUAAUGCUCAAUCUACAAACAAUACCAGUGAUGUAAUGCAAAUAACUCAGAUUCAUGAUGGCAAAGGAUCGAAAAGAAAGUCAGAAAGGACACCACUGGCUUUUGUUUUUGACUCUUCUUUAGCUGAAAUGAAUUCUCCAUUGCGCAAAAAACCAAUGAACACCCUAUACUGCAGUUCAAUGGAUAUUACAGAUAAUGACCUGGCCAAAUCUUCUCAUAUGGACCCAAAGGAAAGGCCUACAAUCUAUGAAUCAAUAGCAGUUGAUGAAUCAAUUGCCGGUCAUAAAACUCAACCUAUUCAAAACAGGCCAACUAUUCAUUUUGAUUCAGUUGCAAUUGACGAAUCAGCAAUCGGAAUGCAUGCAAACACCUUAAGUCAUACAAUUUACGAUAGUAAAACAAUUAAUGAAAGCUCAAGCUUUCCAAAUACAACUGCUUCAUGUCUAGCUAUGGGACAUCAAAUGGGUGAUAUUUCAAUGGAAUUAUCAAUUUGUGCAAAUUCACAUAUUCAACAAAAUUCACAAAAAAAUAGUCAAACAAUACAUCUUCCUCAUAAUGGUCAAAUGGAAUACUCACUGGUUGAAGAUAAAGAAAAUCAUUUUAAACAAUCUGAGAUUGAAGAAAUGAAUGUAUCUACAAAUAUUGAAACCAAAAAUACUAAAAAACAAAGGGAAUCAAUUUAUACUCCCACUGAUAUGAUUGAAGAAGAAUCUCCAAAGUCAUCUACACAAACUUCCAAAGUUGAUAAAACAAAAGGUCUUAAAUUAAGAAACACAAUUCUUACAACAGAAGAAAUAGUUGAAGAUACUCUCAAAGACAUAAAUUCUAAAGGUGAUCUACAAAAAACUAUCACAACACCAAUCAAUAUAUUCGAAGAUUCUAUCCAAAUCGAACCCAGAAUUGAAAAAGUUAAAAAUAAUCGCCAAACUAUCUGUCAACCGGUUAGUAUCGAAGAAGAUGCCAUUUUAACUCAGAAGAAUACUCAAAAAAAAUCAAGGGAAUCCAUUUACACACCAUCUGAUAUGGUUGAAGAAUCUCCAAAACCAAGUGAAACUAAAAAAUCUUCAACAAUUGGUCUGAAGUUGCGACAAACUAUUUUCACACCCGAAAAUAUAGAAGAAGAUAUUCUGCAACCGAAAAUUGUAUCCAAGGAAAUGACAAUUAACGAUACAAUGGAAAUUGAAGGGCCAAAAGUUUCAAAUGCACACGAAAUGGUCCCAAAAAGUACUAAGUCAAGGCAUUCUGUAUAUGAACCUUGCGAUAUGCUUGAGGAAUAUCCAAAUCCUUCUCAAUCUCAUGGAGUACAAAUUUCUCAGACACAGAGUACUUCGAAAUGUCUCAAAACACGACAAACAAUUUGUAAUCCAGAAGAUAUCAUAGAGGUUUCUAUUAGACAAAAUGAUGCUCAAAAAAUGUUUCACGAAACAAAUAAAAUACCAAUUAAUAUUUUUAAAGAUUCUCAUCAACCAGACCCAAUUUCCCAUUCUUCCAUUAAGAAUCGUCAAACAAACUUUGAACUUGCUAACGUUGAACUGACUUCAGUAGCUCCUCAAAGCACCACUAACCUUUCUAAAGGAAAUAAGUCCAGAGAAUCCAUUUAUACGCCAAGCGAUAUGAUUGAAGAUUCACCCAAAAUCACACGAUCUACAAAUGUAAAAGCUGAUCUUAAAGUUCGUCAAACUAUCUUCACCACAGAAGAUAUAAUUGAAAAUCCACCACAUAAAUCUGAGAUUCAAAAAUCAAUGUCUCAUAAUAAUCGCAAAACUAUUUACGAUGCUGUUGAUAUUGAAGAAACUACAAAUGUCAUUCAACCUGGGAUCAUUUCGAAUAAAAAUUAUAGAUCAAGGGAAUCAGUAUAUACACCAAUUGAUAUGCUUGAAGAUGAACCAAAAUCAUCUUCGCAAAUUUCCAAAGUUUAUAAAACUAAAGGUUUUGAAUUAAGACAGGCAAUUCUUACAAAGAAAGCGGUAUUUGCAGAUGAAGAUCCUAAAAGUGAUCUUCAAAAAACUAUCACAACACCAAUAAAUAUAUUUGAAGAUUCUAUACAAACUGAAACCAAAACUGAAGAAGUUAAAAAUGAUCGCCAAACUUACUACCAACCAGUUGAUAUAAAAGAAGAUACAAUUGCAACUCAAAAGAAGUCAAGAGAAUCCAUUUACACACCAUCUGAUAUGGAUGAAGAAUCUCCAAAGCCAAGUGAAAUUAAAAAGUCUUCAACAAUUGUUGGUCUUAAACUGCGACAAACCAUCUUCACUCCAGAAGACAUAGAUGAAGAUCUCCCCAAAAACGACAGAAAUGCGUUUCAUAAGAAUGAAGAAUAUCCAAAGCCCUCUCAAUCUCAAAUUUCUCAGACACUUAGCACUUCAAAACGACAAACAAUUUGCCACCCAGAAGACGUCAUAGACGAUUCGAUCAAAGAAAUUGAUUCACAAAAAGUGUUUGAGGAAACAAAUAAAAUACCAAUUAAUAUAUUUGAAGAUUCUUAUCAAUCAAAACCGGUUUCCAAUUCUUACCAAUCAAAGUUGGUUUCGAAAUCUUCAAUCCAGAAUCGUCAAACAAUCUUCGAGCCUGCUAACAUUGAACUAACUUCAAUACACCCUCAAAGUAUCGCUAACUCUUUUAAAACAAAUCAUUCAAGAGAAUCAAUUUAUACACCAAGUGAUAUGAUUGAAGAUUCACCCAAAUUCACACGAACUACGAAUGUAAAAGAUGAAUCAGCUGAUCUUAAAAUGCGGCAGACCAUUUUUACAUCAGAAAACAUCGUUGAAGAUGUCUCUAAAAAUGACAGAUUUGGGUCUCAUAAAACUAUUAUUCCAUCUAAUAAUAAGGUCGAAGAUUCUUCGAAAGUGGUAUCCAACCAAAUGAAAAUUAAUCAUACGAUGGAAAUUGAGGAUCCAAUAGAAUUUAAUACCAACGAAAAUGUCCCGAAAAGUACUAACUCAAGGCAUUCUGUGUAUGGUCCUCGUGAUAUGGUUGAGGAAUAUCCAAAACCUUCUCAGUCUCAUGAAGUAAACAUUUCAAAAAGUCUCAAAACACGACAAACAAUUUGCAAUCCAGAAAACAUCAUAGAAGAUUCUAUUAAAGAAAAUGAUUCAAAAAAAGUGUUUGAAGAUUCCUACCGAUCCGAACCGGUUUCUAGGUCUUUUAUCAAGAAUUGCCAAACAAUCUUUGACCCUGCUAACAUUGAAUUAACUUCAGUAUCUCCUCAAAGUACCGCUAAAAUAAAUAAGUCAAGGGAAUCCAUUUAUACACCAAGUGAUAUGAUUGAAGAUUCACCCAAGCUCACACGACCUACAAACGAAAAAGCUGAAUCAGUUAAUCUUAAAGUUCGUCAAACUAUCUUCCCAAAAGAAGAUAUUGUUGAAGAUUUAGAACAUAAACCUCAAAAAUCAAUCUCCUUUCCUCCCAAUCAUCGCAAAACUAUUUACGAUGCAAUUGAUAUUGAAGAAACUACAAAUCUCAAUCAACCUGGGAUUAUUUCGACGGAUAAUAAUAGGUUUAGGAAGUCAGUAUAUAUUCCAAUUGAUAUGCUUGAAGAAUCAUCAAAGGUCAAAAGAGAGGCAAUCAUACAAAAAUCUAUCUAUCAAACUGAAAAGAAGACAAGAGAAUCUAUUUACACUCCAUCUGAUAUGGUCGAAGAAUCUCCAAAGCCAAGUGAAACUAAAAAAUCUUUAACAGUUGUGGGUUCUAAAUUGCGUCAAACCAUCUACAACACAGAAGACAUAGUUGAAGAUGUCGCCGAAUACAACAGGUUUGGGUUUCAUAGGUCGACUAUCACAUCUAAUAAAAAAGUCGAAGACCCUCUGAAAAAGGUAUCUCCCCAAAUGGCUAUUAAUGAUACCAUGGAAGUUGAGGACCCAGUAGUAUCUAAUCUCAACGGAAACGUCCCAAAAAGUACUAACUCAAGGCAAUCGGUAUAUAUUCUUUGUGAUAUGCUUGAGGAAUAUCCAGAGCCUUCUCAAUCAAAUAGAUCACAAAUUCCUCAGACACAUAUCACCACGAAAAGUCAUAAAAUACGACAAACAAUUUGCCAACCAGAAGACAUCAUCGACGACUCGAUUAAAGAAAUUGAUUCUAAACCAAUCUUUGAUGAAACAAAUAAAAUUCCAAAUAAAAUAUUUAAAGAUUGCUAUCAAUCAGAGCCCGUUUCCAAUUCUUCCAUCAAGAACCGUCAAACAAUUUUAGAACCAGCUAACAUUGAACUAACCUCAGUAUCUCCUCAAAAUAACGCAAACCUUUAUAAAACAAAUAAGUCCAGGGAAUCUAUUUAUGCACCAAGUGAUAUGGUUGUAGAUUCACCGAAGUUCACAAAACCUACAAAUGAAAAAGUUGACCUUAAAGUGCGUCAAACUAUAUUCACAAAAGAAGAUAUAGUUGAAGAUCUUCCACCUGAACCUGAGAUAAAAAAAUCAAUCUCUUAUUCUCACAAUAAUCGAAAAACUAUUUACGAUGCAGUUGAUAUUGAAGAAACUACAAAUCUCAUUAAACCUGGAAUUAUUUCAAACAACAACAAUAAUAUGCCAAGGAAAUCAAUAUAUACUCCAAUUGAUAUGCUUGAAGAAUCACUAGACUCCAAAAAAGAAGAAACUAUGUCCAAACCAACUAUUUUAAAAUCAAAUGAUGAAGAAGAACAACCUGUAAAGGUUGUAACUAGACCACGACGUGUAACAAUAUGUGAAGAACAACAGCUAGUCGAUAUGGAUGAAUCAUUAUUACCAAAAUCUACAGCACGUAAAUCAAGUUUUAGUAGAACACUUAAUUUUAAUGAAGUUUCAACAGCAACAACAACAACAUCUUUUAGCAAAUCAAAAUUUACCAGCGAAGCAACAUCUCAAGAUGAUGUAUCUCCAAUUUACAAUCCUAAAUUAAGACCAAAAGUUCCAAUGACACCUUCAAGUGUUGAUAGAUCUUUAGCUGAAUAUCUUAAAGUUGAAGCUGCAAUUGAAGAACAAGAAGAAGAUAUAUUCUAUGAUGCUGAAGAUGGGUUAGAAGCUGAGAAACAAAUUAACGGUCGUCAAACAUGUCAUGUGCCAGUAAGCAUUUUCGAAGAAUCAGGGAUGCAACCACUUCCUCAAUCUCAAUCAUUGAGACGGCAAACUACAUUUUCUCCAAAAGAAAUGACUAAUCAAUCAUUUGAUCAUGGACAAUCUAGAGAAGUGAAUGAAGAUAUGAAAAGUCUCGUUCAAAAACCAACUUUGGACAGUCCACUUAAAUGCUCGUUUCAAAAGAAGCCUUUUGAAUCAAUUGUUUCCAUGGAAGUGACUCAAGCAAACAAUGCAAAUAAUAAUAGCAAACAAAUUCUUAUGAAAUCCCGACUAGAGGAAGGAAGAGGAGUUGAAUUUGGUGAAAAUCCAUCGAAGACAAGUAUUCAAAAAAAUCGUCAAACUCUACACUUUGACGAAACUAUGAAUACAAGUGUUGUGUUAAUGUCUGGAACCAGCAAGCAAGGAGGAGUUGAAUUUGGUGAAAUAUCAUCAAAGAAAAAUCGUCAAACCCUACAUUUCAAUGAACCUAUAAAUGCAGGUGACAUGUCAAUAGCAUGGAGCAAACAAGGAGGAGCAAUUGAUUUUGGGGGAAAUCCAUCUAACACAAGUGUUAAAAAAAAUCGCCAAACUCUACAUUUCAAUGAAACUAUGAAUACAAGUAACAUGUCGAUGGCAAUUAACAAGCCCAGUGCUGCUGGUCAAAGCAUUAAGGAAUUGCUUGCUGAAAGCUCUCGAUUAUUUUCACAAUCGAAUCUAAUGAAGCCAAGUAUUUUUGAGACGCAAAAAAGAUCGACAAUGUUUUUUGCCGGCGGCAAAGAUGAUUCAAUGGAUGUUAGUUGUAAUGAUGAUGCAGGACAUACAACAGAUCCAGAAAGUACUCCAACAAAAAAUAAAUCCUCACGAAUUCCACAAUUAAUUGGCAGUGCCAAAAAAUUGCAAUCUCUGAAAAAGAGUAUUGAUUUUAUUCAACAAGAAAUACCAAAUAUUGGUUGUCAUUUUAGAAACAAUAUGGAAGAGGAGGAAACUCCAAGAAGAUUUUCAACAACAAUUCCAAAGAAACUACAAGAAUUUAAAGAAGAAUUAUCCGAUGCGAAUGAGAUGUCGUCUCCAGAUGUCGUAAUAACUAAGACAGUCACCAAAUCACCUCGCAAAGAAGUUCAGCAAUUGCAACAGUCUUUCGAUACAAUUGAGAUUCCACGAAAAGUCUUGUCAUCUGUUAGGAAGACUAUCGAAGAGCCCAAACCACAAUUGAAAAAGCCUCAUGAUUCUAAUGAAGAUUAUCGAAGGACAGUUUAUGUAGAUCCACCACCAGCGGCAAUGCAAGAAGAAUCUUUUGAAACUGUAGAGAUACCUAGACGUGGGACGACAUUUCAACGAAAUGAUACUUUGUAUAUUUGUCCGAAUGAGAUGGAAACGACAACAAAUGCAUCUCACAAGUCUUUGUUUCAAUUUGAGGAGGAUGUACCCAUUACAAUUUCUGAUGUGUCAACAUUCUUCAGUAAGAAGUUGCAACUUAAUGCCAAUCAAGUAAAUUCCCCCAAUACCACAGAUGCAUUAUGUAAAAUGCAAGUAAAUGAAUUUCAUGGACUUGUAAGGUCUCCAGAUGCAGGUGAUACAACACACAAUUUGGCUGAUUUUAAAAAACGCUAUGUAGAGUUAACAUGUGAUAGUCUUGAGUUGUCUGAUAUAAAUGAUGCUAUAGAAAAGACACAUUUAAGUUUAGUAAAUACAUUGGAUGAUGAAUCUGAAAUGGUUUAUUGUCCAUCAGGAAUUCAAGUAGUGGAUGAAAUAACUGCUCCUAGUCUUCCCGUUUUUCUUCCACCUGCUGUGAAAGAGCCACCGCAACGAUCUAAACCAAAUUCAUCAGUUUGUAGAAAAUGUAAAUGUCAACGUUUAAGUACAACACAACAAAUAAAUGAUACGACUAUUGGAAGUUUUAUGUUGGAACCGUUACCAAUUUAUGAAAUAGAUUUGAGUGAACUGAAACAAUUGAAAAAGAAACCAAAUAUUUCGGAUGUUGGGAAAAUUGUGCGACAAAAAUUGCGCGAAAGUGAUAGUUUUAAUGUUUCGGAUGGAAGUCGUAGUAUGGCAAUGGAUGAAGAGGAUUCUGAAUCGAUACAAAUAUUGUUGGCGGAAUUGGCCGCGGAGAGAUUAGAGAAUACACAAAAAAUACAACAAAACAAAAAAGAGAUCAAGGUUGAAAAUAGUUUUGUCUAUAAGGUUCGAAGGAAAAUGGAAAGCGAAUCCAACUGGAUUAUCAACGAACUUCUACUAUUUAACAACAUAAUUGUUUUAACUCACACUCGCAUACGAACAUUUGCAAUAGUAAUUAAUUUUACACCAAAAGAUCCAAGGGGAGUUGAAGUGAUCUUUAAUGAUAUUCAAUUCAAACCAAAUAAGCUACAUACUCGGCAAAAGAAACCAUAUGAAUACGCCUUGCAUUACCAACUCCUGGUAGAGUUACCUUUUGAUCUCAAAACAAUAUGCCCUUCGAGUGAUCAUUUCUUUGUAUUCCUCGACCAUGUUGAAAAAGUUAUACAAGAAGUGCUCCGAACUGGCAAGGAAAUGCUUUCCAUCAUCUUACCAUCUCCUGCUUCCUUAAUAAGAGAACCAUCUGGACGAAUUUAUAUUAGAAAAUACAUUCGAACAAAAACUCCACAAAAUGAUGUCAAAAGAACAGAAGUUCAUAUCGAAGUUCGCAAUAUUAAGAAAUUGUCAUACGAAUCAAUAACAAUGCCACCUUUGUAUGAGUUCGAUGAAAAUAUACAGUUGUUACCAGUGGGUAAUAAUUUUUUGAGAACAUUCUUAAAUGAUCCAAUGAAGUUUUUAAAGGCAUGAAAUCAAUGUUUUAGAUUUUUAGUUUAUUUUUGUAUUUAAAUUAUUUAUAAUUAUAAUUCUUGUUAAGGCACAUUAUUAUUAAAAAAAAAUUACAUUUUAAGU